AUGGUGGUGGCGGUGCAGAGGCAGGUGCUGCCGCGACUGGCAGCUGUGGUGGCGAGGCAAGGCCGGUUUCUGAGCACAACGAGGGUGGCCCUUGACAGCAGCGCAGAUGCAGCAGAGGGAGAGCACGAUGAGCGCACGGCAGCCAUCGCAAAAUACCUGCGCUCUUACAACGCUGCGGAAACGAAGCGCACGGGCAUCCUCGCACGCAAGCUGGGCAUGACACAGACGUUCACAUUGUGGGGUGAACGUGUCCCUCUCACAGCAUUCCAGAUUGAGGAUUUGCAGGUUGUUGAGCACAAGACGGUGGACCGGGAUGGGUACAGCGCAAUGAGGUUGGGCGCCGUGAACCUGGAGCCGCGCAAGGUCAAGAAGCCUGUUCUGGGCCAGUUCAGGAAGCACAAGUUGCCGCCUAAACAGCACGUUGCCGAGUUUCGUGUGACCGAGGACUGCAUCCUUCCCAUCGGCACACACAUCUCCUGCUCGCACUUCAUUCCCGGGCAAUAUGUGGACGUCCAAGGCGUAACGAUUGGCAAAGGGUUCCAGGGUGUCAUGAAGAGGCACAACUUCAAGGGCAUGCCUGCAUCGCAUGGUGUGACACUCACGCACAGAAAAGCCGGUGGUCUCGGUGGCGGUCAGGAUCCUGGACGCGUGUGGAAAGGCAAGCGCAUGGAAGGGCGCAUGGGAGGCGUCAAGCGGUACCAGUUCGGCCUGCAGGUGUACCAGAUUGAUACGCGUUACAACCUCCUGUAUGUGGUCGGCUCUGCCCCUGGCGCUAAGAACUCGAUUGUGAAGAUUCGUGAUGCCAUGUACAAGCCGCCCAGCUUCCUCCCCAUCCCAACGCUGCCUGUUGAGCUGUUGCCCAAGGACAAGAUCAUCGUCCCGCCAGGGGAGAAUGACCCGUUCAACAUCAACAUCUCCUCGUAACACAGAGACACAUAUCCCAUACUCCGUGUGCACCCGUGCGUGUGCCUGUGUCUUGUGGGUGCUUGUCUGUGUGGCUUGUGCUUGUGCGUUUAAUACAUCGUCUUCAUGGUGUUUUCUGUUUCAUAUCAGUGGUGGUGGUUUCCAUCAUUGGCUCGUCGACAAUCAGCAAGAGUCACCUGCAACCACAAGAACAACUCGCAACAACAGCAUGAACAACAACAAACAGCCUCCACAACACACCACCAUGUUGUGCUUGGGUUUGUGUGUGUGUGUGGAUGGAGAUCGUGGCACGCACAUACAACAGCUGCGUCUGGUUGUGUUUUGCGCGUGUACGGCUUUUGUGUAAGAAAAUUGGAUGAUGUUUCCAC